AUGCCAUGGUUAUUAGCAUCGAAACGCGUUAUACAUCUUGUUACGUUUGAAACUGUAGUUAAAAAUUAUCCAACAGUAUACAUCAUUCUUCAUGAAGUUGCUGAUCCAAACAUUUGUCUUGCUCUAUUAUGUCGCAAAGGUGCGUGUAUAGAACCGAAAAAAUCGACACACCAAAAUAAAUCAUUAAUUGCUGCUGAACAUGUUAGUCAUGUGACAAGAUUUUUUGAACAAAUCAAUAUAAAUCCCUCCACAUACCAUUUAGAUAGAGUUACAGGAUCAUCGGAAGGAUAUUUAGUGAAUACAGAUCUAUAUUUACUAGCUGAUGCUAUUGUAGAAAGUUAUUUAACCAAAACUACAAAUACACAUUGCACUUUAUGGAACGUUAAAAAAUCGGUACAACCGAUCAAUGCAUUGAUUGUUGUUGAUGUUCAAAAUUGUUUUAUAAAUGGAAAUCUCUCAUUGUCAAAAAGUCCUGCUGGUCAAGAUGGCGCCGAAGUUAUUCCUAUUAUAAAUAAUUUAAUUCAUACAAUUCCAUUUGAUGUUAUUGUUUAUACACAUGAUUGGCAUCCAUGGAAUCAUAUAUCAUUUUUCGAAAAUCUUCACUUUCGCAGACAGUAUUUAACAGGUGAUCAAAAUCGAACAAUAAAAAUGUUCGAUAAAGUAACGUAUUUCGGUCCGAAAUUCAAAAUGGACCAAGUUCUAUGGCCUGCACACUGCAUACAGGGAACGGAAGAUGCAGCAUUACACAAGGAUCUCGAUGUUAUUUCAUCGUCAAGUAGAGUUAUUCAUAUAAGAAAAGGUACUGAUCCCGAUAUUGACAGUUAUUCAGCAUUUGCUGAUAAUUAUGGAGCUAAAAAUACCGAAUUACACAAUAUGUUGAAAGAAAGAAAUGUUACACAAGUUUUUAUUGUUGGAUUGGCUACAGAUUAUUGUGUGACAUUCACAGCUCUUGAUGCUUUUGAUUUAAAUUAUAUAACAUACGUUGUUAAAGAUGCGAAACAAAGUUAA